AUGUGGCGAAGAACACUGAUUGCCCGGAGAAUAGUGGAGGAAUUGGGGCAAACGCAAUUGUUGGUGGAAUCGCUGAAGAGAUACGAGGAUCGCUUGGAUCUGAAGACUCCGGACAGAAGAGAGUGGACCUUCCUGAACUCCUUCAACUAUGCCUAUAGUCUACUCCUCACCUUGGGACACGGAUAUAAAAUUCCAGAAACCACUGGAGGACAGAUAUUUGCCCUCAUAUAUUCCCUACUUGGAGUCCCCCUCUUCUUUGGUACCCUCGCCAUCACUCUGUAUCAGUGUGCCAUUCCGCUGUUGACGAGCAAAGUGUGUACACUCAAUCGCCGUUUCUUCUGCCUCCAACUGAUUCUGAUAGUCUACAUUGCAUGGAGCAUUUUGUUAGCUGUGUUCCUGUAUUACCAAGUGCACAAAGACUUUUGGGCGUCCGUUUUUACUGCAUUCCUAAGUGGAAUGACGAUUCAGGUACCUUACGCUCACAGAAUAGGAUCAAGCUGCUUCCUUAUGCUGCUCCUAGGCAGCACAGUAUCAGCUGCUAUCAUCAUCUUAGGCAUCAUCGUAGCUGUCGCAGCUUAUUGCCCUCAGACCACAGGCAGCAUUCAAGUGAAGAAGUCCGCAGUGGCAGAUGAUGGAGCCCAGCAACCACAAAAGUUUACCGUCAUUGUGGAUCAAGCCGGUGAAAGCAAACUAGCCAUGGAUGAGUAG